GGUCACGUAUGUCAAGUACUUCGUUGUAAUCAGUGGCGUUUUCCUUCGUUGACUUGAUGAGUCUCGGUUGAAUGUAAAUCUCAUCGUCCGUUACACACAGAGAAGAGAGGUGGCUUGUUCUCUACCGCUUUCCUCCCCCCAAAGGACAUGGGACACCGCCGAGAAGUGGCAAGGACGAGGAUGACCAUGCUCGAAGAGUUUUUGUUUUCCGCGCGGAAUGCUGGCUGCCUGUUAGCGCAUUCAAGUUCUCAUCUGGGUAAUCCUCGUGCCAUGAGUGUCCUGCCUUGUGGUGCUAUGCCAAAUGCAGUGCAGUGCCCCAGCCUCGCCUUCUGGCAGCAUUCUCCUACGUUUCCUCAUGUCUCCGUCACAGGGUCGCUCUCGAUCUCACUCUCCAAUAAGGCGUGGGGUUGACGGAGUGGAAGGGUCCUCCACGUUUGCGCCCGCCACCAUCGUUUCAGCUCCUUUGGGCAAUGCAUCUGAAUGCGACCCGUACGAGGAUGAUCGUCGCACACUGCUGAGAAGAAAUUGGAAUGUCAACACCUGGCUGGACAGGCUUCACUUGCUUCCCACCACCUGUCGAGAUGGCACUGCCGUCGACCUUGAAAGUAGGUGCGAUGAAGCAAAUGAGCAAAUUCCGCUUCCAACAUCGCCGAUUGAAGAAGUUGUGAUUAACCCGGACGAUGUCAUUAUUGCGUGCGUCCGUGUAGUUCACUUAUGGAUUCCAGGCCCUAACAAUCAAUGGCAGUGUCAUGGGUCCUACUGAUUCAGGAAGACCACAUUUAUCAACUGUGCAGUUGGAAGACCCGAUGCUCUUUGUGGGUCGACUUCCCGUACAAAGGAAGUGCGCCCUGUCCGAAUUCCCCA